CUCCAUAGCUAACUUUCUCGCUCUAAAGUCUCCAUCCCUCCCUGGUUUUUCUCCGCUCUCUCACUAGGAAGAACAACUCUCUCUUGCACUUAACUCUCUCUCUCUCUCUCUCUCUCUCGGACGGACUGAAACAGAUCUCCGGCAUUGACUCAAUCGUUGAGCAACAACAGAAAGAGAAUAAAUUGGCAUUCCGCGUGGUGAUAGAAAUGCCUCUCGAAUUGGACAAGGAGGAGGGGGGGAAUUUCUCUCUGGGCUAGAAGAGCCGGCAUCAAAGGAAGGAGCAGAAUUCAGGCAGGGAAGGGAAGGGAGCGGAAAGGAGACUAAUUUUCGAGUAGUGGGUGAGAGUUCAGAGAGAGACUUACGGGGGUUUUGGAGGAGUGAUGGAUUCCGACGGGAGGCCGAUUUUCCGGGCGCCGUCGGUGAUCUACACGGACGGGCAGGGGAAUCCAGUGCAGCAGCAGCAGCACGCGGACUGGUUGUCGGGGUUUCAAUCUCCGGCGGGUGGGGAAUUCGAGGCAUGCAAUGCGAUUGAAUUGGACAGGUGGAAGGAUAUUCCUUUCCAGUGCCUGCUGGCUCUGGCGGAGGGCACGGCUCAAGGGAUGGGAGGUGGAGCUCCUGCUGCUUCUCAAUCUCCUGCAUGGAAUACAACACACUUCAAUUUGGGAGUUCAGGAUCCAGUUCCUGCUCAGUACGACCUCAAUUUACCUCAUGAGAGCACGGAGGAGUCUUCGUCCUCGUUUGGGGGAUUCAACUUUAUGUUUGCUCCUGUAACGCCACAGAAGAUGAUGGAUGGAAACCCUGCAGCAAUGGAGAAAGGUCGUGUGAGAGUGGAGAGUGGACAUGGUUUGGCUUGUGGAGGAAGAGGAACAGCAGACAAGCAAGCUGCUGUCAGUCCACUGAACCUCGAUCUUACUUCCGAGGCUAGUAAUGUAGGUCUGGUUCCGGAUCCAGUUCCGGAUUCUUCAUCGACGGUUGGGUUGACAGCACAGGAGAAUCAGAACAGGGAGAAGGUGGACUUCAAUGCGAUCGACUUGAACAAAACACCACCGAGGAAGAAACCCAAGAGGAAGAAGCACGUACCCAAAGUUCUGGUGGAAGGCAAAAAACCCAAGGCUCCGAAGCCACAGACCCCUAAGCAGCCCAAGAGGAAGUACGAGAAGAAGAAAGAGCUGAGUCCUCCAGCUGCUGGUGGCGGUGGUGAGGUAGAGAAUCCGAACACGGAAGAGUCUGCAACGUCCAAUGUGAAUCAGAACGGUAAGAGGAAGAACAUGAAGGCCGCCGCAGCACCAACUUCUCCGGUGACUAAAGAAGGCACACCAAGGAUUAAGAGGAAGUACACACGGAAGGGCUCGGCAGAGAGUCCAACAAGAACAGUUGGGGAAUCAGCUGCUUCUGAAGCAAUCUCUGGAGGAAAGUCAGGAUGUACAACUCCACCUAGAGAAGCAACGGGGGAAUCUGUAGAUCCACAAGGUCCUCCUCAACCUGCCAAAAAGAGCUGUAGGAGGGUGUUAGAUUUUAAUUCAGAAGAAGCAGGAAGUCAAAGCUCUCUAAAGAAGCCAUCAUUGCCUAGUUUGGUGUCUGAGCCAGUGGCAAAAAGCCAAUCGGCAUCCGUUUCCUUUGGAGAUGGAAUUGAAGUGAGGAUGCAGAAUUCUCCCACAGGAUCUCAAUUCAACUUCGAGAAUUCUGUCAAAGAACUGCUUAAAAGUUAUGUACCCAAGGCAGUAAAUAAAGCAACCACUAAUGGAAAAGAGAUGUUAGCCACUCAGUCCUUGCAGCAGCACAGCACACCAAUUUCACUUUCAAAUGCAUCAAGCUGCAGUGGCUUAGUCAGAACUGUGACUGAGCUGGGUGAAGCAAGUGGGUCAUCAGCAAACACAAAUUCUGGUCCGGUUAGGCAUUUUCACAAUGGGUUAUCUAUAUACCAGACAUUGCCUUGGACACUAAUGCCAGAGUGUCGGAAAAAGAGGAGCGAAAAGGCACCAAAUUCAGCAGUGUCUAGCAUGCCCAUUGUCUCCCCAGCUGCCAGAAAAGUCAAUCACUUUUCUUAUUAUGAUCAUUCUCACGAAAACGGACUUCUUUCAGGGACAGUUGGAAAAGCAGAAUCUGCUGCUGGCUUUCUUCAAUAUAAACUCCACAAUUUCAGUCCACUAAAUGAGAUUGAGAGGUCAACUAAAAGAAGGUCUAAAGCUCCUGUCAGGGUUCACGAUCUAGGUUCUCUUGUCACUAUCCCUCAACAUAACAACCAGCACAUUCAGAACUUAAACAGGCCCGAGGUACGUUUGGGAGCUCUACUUGCAGGUCCCCAAGCAACCUUGAAGAAGCCAAAGAAGAAUAGUAAACGGGGUUCUCUAGGUAGCUAUGCAUCCUCAAGUACUAGUAACAAAGGGCAAAACAGGAGGAUGGUUUCAUCUAAUCAGAACCAAUUCUCAGGUUCACUGGAAAUGCUAUUCAACCAGAUGCUCAAUGUGGAUGAGUUAGCUGAGCAGUUAAAGCACCUUAACAUCAAUAGGGAAAGCCCUAACAUUACUUUUGCUCAGACGAAAGAACUAGUUCCCUACAGAGCCAGCAAAAGCAAAAAGAAGCAGAAGGCAAUGGUUAUCUACAAAGGGGAUAACAGGAUGGUUCCAUUCGAACCCGUGAAGAGAAAGCGACCCAGGGCAAAGGUUGAAAUAGAUGACGAAACGCUUAGGGUGUUUAAUCUUCUACUAAAAAGCAUAGACAGUGAAGGCAUUGAUGGGACGGAUGAAGCAAAGACAAAGUAUUGGGAAGAGGAAAGAAGGAUCUUCCGUGGGCGCACAGACUCAUUUAUAGCAAGAAUGCAUCUUGUACAAGGGGAUAGGCGCUUCUCGAGAUGGAAAGGAUCAGUUGUGGACUCAGUUAUUGGAGUGUUUCUGACCCAGAACGUUUCAGACCAUCUUUCUAGCUCUGCAUUUAUGUCAAUGGCUGCUCGAUUCCCCAUUAAGAGAAAUCAGGAGCCACAGUGGGAAGAGGGAGGGUCCAUAGUGAUCAACCCGACAGUUUCUAUGCCAGAUGAUGAAUGCUUGAACUGGGAUGAGAUGUCGAAUCAAACAAUUUCUUACCAGAUUUCCAUGACUCUCUGUGACCCUCAAUGUGAAGAAAUAGAAGUGGCACAUGACCUGGAUCCCAAUAGAAGCACGAGCAUGAAUAUUGGCUUGGCACCUAGCAAACAGAAUUAUGAUGAAUCAGUGAUCUCUCAGAAUUCAUCUCAAAACUCAAAUUCGCCAGUCAGUCAAACUUUUGACAACAUUAGAGAGUCGUGCAUGGAGACCAACUCGCAAGAAGUGGAUACUUGCUAUGGUGGAGCCCAACUGAACAGCUUGGGUGGAGGUAGUAGUUCUUUCGUUGAGCUGCUACGGAAGGCUCAAUCUGGUUCGACCAUGCUACCAAAGGAACAAUCGACAAACCUUUCAGGAGGGAUGUUUGAGAUUGUGGAGAGUAGCGAUAAAUUUGAGAAGGAGAGGACCUCUCAGAACACAACAGGGUCGAACUUAAUUAACCAUGCCCCUCCCAAGGGUAAGGGGGUAAAAGAUUUGAAUGCUGCUAGGAGAAAGGCAAAAAGUAGAAGGGUUGGUGAUGAGAUCAAAGAUGCUGACUGGGAGGCACUCAGAAGAACCGUAUUGCCAAAUGGAAUAAACAAGGAGAGAGCAGAGAAUGCAAAGGACUCAGUGGACUGGGAAGCUGUAAGAUGUUCAGACGUUGAUGAGAUUGCCGAGACGAUCAAAGCUCGUGGAAUGAACAACAUGCUUGCAGCACGCAUGAAGGAGUUUCUUAAUAAACUGAUAACCUAUCAUGGAAGCAUAGAUCUGGAGUGGUUAAGAGAUGUCCCCCCUGACAAAGCAAAGGAGUACCUGCUAAGCUUCAACGGACUGGGGCUGAAAAGUGUGGAAUGUGUCCGGCUUUUGACGCUUCAUCACCUAGCCUUUCCAGUUGACACAAAUGUUGGGCGUAUAGCUGUCCGACUUGGAUGGGUCCCCCUGCAACCCCUGCCUGAGUCACUUCAGUUGCAUCUACUGGAAAUGUACCCUAUACUGGACACAAUUCAAAAGUAUCUAUGGCCUCGACUGUGCAAACUUGAUCAGAAAACACUGUACGAAUUGCAUUACCAACUGAUCACAUUUGGAAAGGUUUUUUGUACAAAAAGCAAGCCAAACUGUAAUGCGUGCCCAAUGAGAGGAGAAUGUAGACAUUUUGCCAGUGCAUUUGCAAGUGCAAGACUUAGCCUCCCUGGACCAGAGGAGAAGAGAAUAGUUACUGCACAACCUCAAGACCGGCCAACUUUCCCAGGCCCAGUUAUGCCAAAUGUUCAAAGAUCUAUAUUACCUCCACCAACCAUAUGUGAAGCAACUCAACCGUCAAUAUCUCAACCAUCAUCAACAGUGCCUGAACAAGAAAGUUGCCAGUCAGGGAUGUUGCACCUUCCAACAGUAAAAGCAAGAGACAACUGUGAGCCCAUCAUUGAGGAACCAUUAUCACCAGAACCACAAUGCACUCAAGCCGAAAUAGAUGACAUUGAAGAUGCAUUUUAUGAGGAUCCUGAUGAAAUCCCCACUCUUAAGUUGAAUGGGGAAAUCCCUGCCAUCCCAUUUAAUGUUCAAGAGCUUGCUCAGAAUAUCGAGACAUAUAUCAAACAGAACAUGCAUCUUCGUGAAGGUGACAUUUCAUUGGACUUAGUUGCUAUGGCUACAGAGGCUACAUACAUUCCUCCCCCCAAGCUUAAAAACAUUAGCCGGCUAAGAACCGAGCACCAAGUAUAUGAACUACAUGAUACUCAUCCUCUUGUGCGAAGGUUGGAAAAGCGAGAAGCUGAUGAUCCAUCUCCAUAUCUCCUUGCAAUAUGGACCCCAGGUGAAACGGCGGAGUCUGUCGAACCACCUGAGACAAUAUGCACAUCACAGUCACAGGGAAAAUUAUGCGAUGGAGGGACAUGUCCAUCAUGCUGCAGCUUCUUGGAAGCAAGACGUCAAGUAGUUAGAGGGACUAUUCUGAUACCCUGUCGAACAGCGAUGAGAGGAAGUUUCCCACUCAACGGAACAUACUAUCAAGUGAAUGAGGUAUUUGCUGACCACGAGACUAGUGAAAAUCCAAUUGAUGUACCCAGGGAUUGGCUAUGGGAUCUACCCAGAAGAACUGUCUACUUUGGAACAUCUGUACCAACAAUAUUUAGGGGUUUGACUACUGAGCAAAUCCAACAAUGUUUCUGGAAAGGAUUUGUCUGCGUUAGAGGAUUCGACAGAGAAACGAGAGCACCGCGUCCUCUGCUGGCAAGACUGCACUUUCCAGCCAGCAAGAUGAAGGGAAAAGAAAAAGGCAAGAAUGUGGCUGACGAUGAUGAAUAGAUAGUUUCUCCGAACCAAAUCUUGACGCGAUAAUCAAACCAUGCUCGAGGACAAUAUCAAUGACAGAGACUCGGUUCAUAAAGAGAAGUUCGAGAAAAAAGCCGAACGAGUUGUUGGAUUUCCCAUAAUAUGGGGUGUAGCAUUUGUGUAUACAUAGCAAAAAAACUGUAAUUUCUCAGAGUUGCGCUCAUAUUUUGAGCAUUUUUCUUACUUCAUGUUAAGUAUCCCCAAAUGUCCCUUGUGCCUUUCGUAGAUACACCUAAAACUGUUUCAAUUGCCAUCAUUCAUCAGGAUCAUAAUGGUUCAGGAGUAGCU